CUGAUUGGUUGUAGCAGAGGAUCGGUCGGCCCCACCUUCGGCCGGGUUUUCCACCCUCCCCCAGCUUUCAAAGAGUAGAGGCCAUCUCCCGCCGGGGUGGAGGAGGCCGCAGUAGUGUUGGUUGGCCGACCUUCGGGUAAGGUUUGGAGCCGGCGUUGAGGCUUGAGCACUGGGCCGGGGCUCCCGGGGAGGGGGAGGGAGCUGAGGCAGCCCCGGCCGCAUGGUGCCUGAUCGAGUGUGAGCACCCGGGGGGGACAUGACCAAAGAGGCGGAGGCGGAGCCGGAGAAGAGGAGCCCAGUUGGGGUUGAGACUCCUAUCUCGAACGGCUACCUAACAGUGGGGGGGCAGCUGGAGGACAAACGGGCAAAUGGGAUCUGCCUACCCUCGGUCAUCGGGGAACCGCUACCCCACGAGGCCAGCGAUGGCAAACCUCAGCUGGGAGAAGAGGAGGAGGAGUCCCAGGCCAGGCUGCUGCCCCUGCGCCCCAGGGGCGGCGACGGCGGCGAGGCCGCGGCCGAGGCGGGGGAGGGGGGCCUCCGCGUCCGGACCGCGCUGACCCCGCGGCGCUUCGUAGUGCUGCUAAUCUUCAGCCUGUACUCGCUGGUCAACGCGUUCCAGUGGAUCCAGUACGGCAUCAUCAGCAACGUCUUCCAGGACUUCUACAGGGUGUCCUCGCUGCACAUCGACUGCCUCUCUAUGGUCUACAUGCUGGUCUACGUGCCGCUCAUCUUCCCUGCCACCUGGCUGCUGGACUGGCGCGGCCUGCGCCUCUCAGCUCUGCUGGGCUCCGGCCUCAACGCCCUGGGUGCCUGGAUCAAGUGCGGCAGUGUGGCCCAGGACCUCUUCUGGGUCACCAUGCUGGGUCAAUGCGUGUGCUCCGUAGCGCAGGUGUUCGUUCUGGGCUUGCCUUCCCGGUUGGCCUCCGUGUGGUUUGGGCCCAAGGAAGUGUCUACCGCCUGUGCCACGGCCGUGCUGGGGAACCAGCUUGGUGUUGCAGUUGGCUUUUUGUUACCACCAGUUUUGGUGCCCAACACAAAGAAUGACACUGAUCUCUUGGCACACAAUAUCAAUACGAUGUUCUAUGGAACAGCAUCAGUCUCCACAUUUUUAUUCAUACUGGUAGGAAUUGCAUUCAAAGAAAAGCCCCGAUAUCCACCCAGUGAAGCCCAAGCAGUUCUCCAAGACAGUCCUCCAGAAAAUUAUUCCUAUAAACAAUCAAUAAUUAAUUUAUUUAAAAAUAUUCCCUUUUUGCUUCUGCUAAUUACUUAUGGUAUUAUGACUGGGGCAUUUUAUUCAGUCUCAACACUAUUAAACCAAAUGAUCUUGACAUAUUAUAAGGGAGAAGAAGUCAACGCUGGAAGAAUUGGGCUUACUCUAGUUGUAGCAGGAAUGGUGGGCUCCAUUCUUUGUGGCUUGUGGCUGGACUACACCAAAACAUACAAACAGACUACUCUAAUAGUUUACAUAUUGUCUUUUAUUGGAAUGGUUCUAUUUACUUUCACCUUGGACCUUCAACACAUUAUCAUUGUGUUUAUUACUGGAGGAGUUCUUGGCUUUUUCAUGACUGGUUAUCUCCCUUUGGGUUUUGAAUUUGCUGUUGAAAUCACAUACCCUGAAUCCGAAGGCACUUCAUCAGGUCUUCUGAAUGCUUCUGCCCAGAUAUUUGGAAUUCUUUUUACAUUGGCCCAAGGAAAACUUAUUUCAUACUAUGGCUGUCUUGCUGGAAAUCUUUUUCUUUGCUCUUGGAUGUUUGUAGGCAUCAUUUUAACAGCUUUAAUCAAGUCUGAUCUGAGAAGACACAAUGUAAAUAUAGGAGCUAGUAACAUGGAUAUUAAAGCUGUCAUUGGAUUGUGUACCAACAAGAAUAAUCCUUUAUGCCAUUGUAGAAACUAUGCUGCCUUCUCCCCUGACCUCCUGGCAUACUCAUUUGGUCCUCUUCUACCAUGCUCUCAGAGGGGGUGCCAGUGCUAAGCUUGGUUCUGCCUACCCAGGGCAAAAUGAUGUCUCUUGCCCUGCUGCAUGCACUAUGAGAGCACGUUGCCAACUUCCAUAAAGAUGCCUUUCUAAAUGUCGCAAAGAUCAUUGUCUUUUCUUCAGUUUAUUGAAGUCUCAUGUAAGUUAUAUUUGUUUAACCUCAGAAUGCAGAAAGAAUGCUCUUUGCUCUGGCUUAUCCUGAAAUGUGAAAUAUCACUGAUGUUUUUCAUGUUCCCUUGUUUGUCUGAAUCUGAAGACUGUUUGUCCUCCAGUAUUUCUAAAUUCAAAUGAAUUUAUUAAAAAAUAAAUGAACGAACAAGCCAUGA